UUGAAAUUCCAACUAUUACAUAGGAAUGAAAGAUCCAAUUAAUUUAAUUAACAAUGGACUAACAGAAAUGACAAACAAUAUUGUAGAAUUAAAAAACAAUGUUAAUAAUUCAGUCCGAAAUACAUCUUCAAAUAUUUUGGGUCCAUUCGCUGAUGUAUUUGAUUACAAAUGGUUAACCAGGAAAACAACAAAGAAUGGAAAUACAACUGAGCGGAUUAACAAAAUAUUCAAUGGGCAUCAGAUAUUAGAGGAAAUUAAAAGUUCCAUUCGGUCAAAAAUUUCAUGUUUAACAUGUAAAUUUAUAAUCCAUGUGGUUAAAUUUAUGAUUAAAACUGGCAAAAAUGAUACAGAAAUUCUUUCCUUUAUUGACACUCAGUGCAGCGUUCUUCAAAUUCAAACUCCUAGAGUUUGUACAGGUGUAAUGAAUCUUAUUGGUGUUGAUGUUGUGGAAAUCAUCAAGCUGUCAGACAUGACUUCAGCACAAAUAUGUAAUUUUGUUUUGGAUAAUUCAUGUUUAAAUGGGUAUGAUGCGCGUCACAAUUGGGAGUUAAACCUGCCACUAUCAACGAUAUCGCUUACUCAUCCGCAGUCACCGCCAUCAGAGAAUGUACCGAUGCUUAAAGUUCUUCAGAUUUCCGACACUCAUUUUGAUCCGUAUUAUCAGGAAGGGGCGAAUGCAAAUUGUAAUGAACCUCUAUGUUGCAGAGCAACUAACGGAUUCUCUAAAAAUCAUGUAACUGCCGCUGGUAAAUGGGGUGACUAUCGUAAAUGUGAUACACCCAGGCGCUUAUUGGAUAAUGUACUCCAACAUAUUGCUGUUACACAUAAGGAUAUUGAUUACAUUAUAUGGACGGGAGAUCUUCCUCCACAUGAUAUAUGGAAUCAAACAAAAGAAGAAAAUCUCAAAAACCUUCAGGUGACUUGUAAAUUAAUAGCUACUUAUUUCGAAGGUAUACCUAUUUUUCCAUCUGUUGGAAAUCAUGAGAGUUGUCCUGUCGAUAGUUACGCACCAGCAUUUGCUCCACCAAGGAAAAGUAUGUCGUGGUUAUAUGAUCAACUGAGUAAAGAAUGGAGUCGGUGGUUACCAGCUGAUACUUUCGAAACUAUAAGACGAGGUGCAUUUUACUCUGUCCUCGUUAAACCUAAGUUUAGAAUUAUCUCGAUUAAUGGUAAUUACUGUAGUAGAAAUAACUUCUGGCUCUUACUGAAUAGCACCGAUCCAAUGGGUGAGCUUACUUGGCUGGUUCACGAACUCAAUAUGGCUGAAGCUAAACGGGAAAAAGUGCACAUCAUUGGACAUAUACCACCGGGACAACCGGAUUGUUUAAAAAUCUGGUCUAAAAAUUAUUAUAACAUUAUCAAUAGAUAUGAGGGGACAAUAAUGGCACAAUUUUAUGGGCAUACUCAUUAUGAUGAAUUUGAAAUCUUUUAUGAUACAAAGGAUUUCAAACGAGCAAUUAAUGUUGGAUACAUAGCACCUUCAAUUACACCCUGGGAAAACGUAAACCCUGCUUAUCGUAUAUACUAUAUUGAUGGCGAUCAUUCCGAGACAACUAGACUAAUCAUCGAUCAUGAAACUUGGACAAUGAAUCUUUAUGAAGCAAACAAAAAUGAUGAUCCAAAAUGGUACAAAGCUUAUAGUGCUAAGGAUGCUUAUUUGAUGACGUCAGUUUUACCAAAAGAUUGGGAUAAUCUUGUAAACAGAAUGGUUCAAGAUAAGGAUCUUUUCGAGAAAUAUCAUAGAAACUAUUAUAGAAAUUCAACAGUAAGACCAGCAUGUAAUAAUGAAUGUAAAAGAAAAUCAUUGUGUAAUUUACGUUGCGGCAGAAGUUAUGAUCAGCAGAAUCUUUGCCGCGAUUUGUAUUUAAAAAUACAAGCUUAACAUAAAAUGUCUAAGACAUGUGAAUACGACAGGCAGAAUUGAUAUAUUUCUAAUUUA